GAAAUCAGGUCCUUGUUGGCAUCUUGGUCAACGACCUAGAGCCAGAUGUUAAAACCGACAUGGUCAUCGUGUUGGACGGAGAAGCAAGAAAUUUUUAUCACAUCUCCGAGAAUACAGGGGCUAUCACUACCAAUAUAAUUGCCUACUUCUCUCAUGAUAUACCACUCGCCGUGCACACGCUUUCGGUUGAAGCGUCAGCGAACAGUCUUAUCCUGUUUGACUAUAUCGCCUAUGACUCAGGUAAACUUGCGAACACUGGCGGUGGUUCCACCUCUGGUUCGCAGGGCCCUUCAUCGAUAACCUCCACUUCUACUUCUGGAAGCCUUGUAUCCAUCACUUCUAACUCUGGGGGCCCUUCUGGUACCAAAACAACGUCGGGCUCAUCCGGAACUGGCCUUACAAGCACCUUUUCUCGCGCCGGAACGUCGAUCGACGUAGCGACAAUUACCGCUUUAAAUGUCCAGGCAUUCACUGUACCGCUUUUCACCACUACGGAUGCAGAAGGGAGGACCUACUAUCCUCCCGAACUGACGGCCCUUCCGAACGGUUCCGAUCCAUCAAACGUUGGGAGCGGGAACUCCAAUGGAACCAGCUCAGAUUCGUACGUAACAACCUCGAUAGUAUAUUUUGAAGAGCUAUCGGAGCGGCUGUUGCAGCACUGGCCGCCGUCCUUGUCGUCGUCUUCAUGUUCUGCAUGCGAAGGAGACGCCGUCUGGCUUCACAAGCUCGACCAGGUUCAGCUGAACCCUACAUCCUGGCGGGUUCAUCAACAAACACCACGCCGUCGAGCCAGAGCACCAACCUCAGCCUUUCCGCAGAACCCGUCCCAUAUCCUGGCUCCGCACUCGGCCUUUACAACUCUCUUCCUGCUG